CUCGGAGACUCUCGUUGGACUGUCCGAUCGCCCCUUGUCUACCGAGGACAUCCACACCAUUUGUGCCUUACCGGCUGUGAACUCGCUUAGGAACGCGUCGUGGAUGUUUGCCUCCAUCCGGUACAUGAUCGUCCCCACCCGUCGUUCGACAGCCGUGAGAUCCGCUGGAAAGGCGGAUGCGCGGUUUCAUGACUGACGGGUAUAAGAUGCAUACCUGAAAACCUUGCGAGGAAGACAGUUGACAUUCACACCAAGACUGCGGAGUAAAAUCGGUGCUGCAAGAUGCAAUUCAACACGAUUGCUGCCCUGGUAGCCUCGCUGUCAGUUGCACGGUCCGCCAAUGCGAUCGAUAUCAUCUCCUCCAACGACGAUGGCUGGGCCGAAGCGAAUAUUCGAGCUCUCUACGAUACACUCACUGCCGGUGAUCAUUCCGUCGUGGUGGCUGCACCGGCUGAGAAUCAGAGUGGAACUGGGUCCUCGCAAGCGACUCCGACCGUUCUUACUGAAGCCUGUGAAUUCAACAGCUGUCCUUCUGGAAGUCCGGCUGUGGGAUACAAUGCUUCGGAUCCUCGUCUGAACUAUGUCAAUUCGUAUCCGGCAACUUCCAUGAAGUACGGCAUCGAUUCGAUUGGCCCCAAGUUCUUCGAUGGAGUCCCCGAUCUUGCGGUCGCUGGUCCUAAUGUUGGAAGCAACAUUGGCCUGGAAGUCUUACUGUCCGGCACCGUUGGAGCGACUACUUAUGCUGCCUAUAAUGCUGGAAUUCCCGCUAUUGCUUUCUCCGGAUCGACCGGUUCGCAAACCGCCUGGAACGCUUCGGCGACUUACCCGGUUUACAGCCAGGUAUACGCCGAUCUUGCACUCAACGUGACAGACACGCUGAUUGCCUCCGGUGUACCUUAUCUUCCAAAUGAUAUCUGGCUCAACGUAAACUUCGGUGCAGUCUCCUCUUCAUGCCAGACCGCCGAGGAUUUCUCUUUCGUCCUUUCACGUAUUCAUGUGGCUAUCCCUCUCAUCACCCCCGACGAUGUGACCACCUGCGGCAGCUCCCGGCUUCCAAGCGAGCUCGCACUUUCCCUCGCUUCAGGAUGCUACGCAAGCAUUUCGGUGGGAGUGGCCAGCACCAAGGGAGACGCCAACGCCACUAUGCAGGGAGUCGUUCUGAACAAACUGAGCAACAUCCUCACUUGCUUGCCAUAAUUGGUGGAGAUAUUUGCCCGGGUGCAACCUUCAGCACCUAUCGGGUGUCCAUGCAAGCCCAUGCAAUGUACUAAAGCUUAAGUUUUGUAUCCCUAAGUCUUAGCCGCGCAGCUUAGUGCAUAAAAUAGAUGACUAUCUCAUUCGAAG